AUUCCGUCACAAGCCAAAAUAUUGUCACCUCGAGCGUGACGUGCACCCUCGCCCGGAUGAUUCCAAGGUAGGUUGUGUGACCCCUCAAUAACAAAUCCGGAAAUAUGGCCUUGAACCGGAUUAACGGAGCCGACGAGCUCUACGUCGGAGGCGUCUUCGGCAUCAAUCGUGCCCGGCUUGUCCAGGAGCAUAACAUCACCCACAUUCUCUCCGUCAUCAAGUAUGCACUAAACCGAGACGACGAUGCAUUCCGAGAUGUGGAGCACCUCAGCAUCGACAUUGAUGACAUGGACGACCAAGACAUGCUCGUGCACCUCCCCAAGUUGGUGCGUUUCAUCAAUCGGGGCCUCCAUUCGGGGAAGCCCACGCCCGACAAUAAGACUUCGUCGGAGGCCGCAAUAACACCGUUACCCGACUCCACCAGCUCGUCCUCCUCCGGUGCCGUCCUCGUGCAUUGUGCCAUGGGCAAGUCCCGUUCCGUCACCGCCGUCAUAGCCUACCUCCUCUGGAAGCACCCACAACGCUUUGGCAAAGGAGACCCGACGACGACCGCCCAAGAAGCUGUCGCGCAGGCGUUGCAAUUGGUCCGCGAGACCCGGCCCGUGGCCGAACCCAACGACGGCUUCAUACGCCAGCUCGAAAUGUGGUGGGACAUGGGCUGCCCCGCCGGCACUGACGACGCGGUCGAGCAAGAGCCCGCAUACCAGCGUUGGCUGUACAAGCGGGAAGUCGAGGACGCGGCACGCAUCGGGCGAGCUCCCGACUGGAUACGGUUCGAGGAUGAGGUGGCCUCCGGGGCGGAUGACGCGGGUGCGGGUACGGAGAUCCGCUGCAAGAAAUGCCGGCGCAUGCUAGCGACGGAUCGAUUUAGCGUAUGGCACCAACAUCGUGGAUGGGACGAGGCGGACCGCGCGGGCUGCCCGCAUUUCUUCAUUGAGGCGCUGUCAUGGAUGCGCCCGAUCCUGGAGGAGGGCGCGCUCGAGGGCCGCUUGAUCUGCCCGAAUACCAAGUGCUCGGCUUCGAUCGGCCGCUACGCCUGGCAGGGGUUCAAGUGCAGUUGCGGCGAGUGGGUUGCCCCGGCCUUCUCGCUGCAGAGCAGCAAGGUGGACAAGGUUGUCACGCGGAGGCAGAACGCCGGCGCUGGCGCCAUCGCUGACCGGAUGGCUGCCCUGGGCAUCCGCAGGCCACCCGGGGCCGAGACAGUCCCCCCUGUGGCCGCGCCCGGCGCCGGUAUCGAGAGGCACAAGGAGAAUCUGUGAGGGUGGAACACAGAAAUCGGAUUCCCGAAGCACCCCUCGCCCCACGAAUAACCAAUUCCCUCACCGCGGUGCCUUACGGUUGCCGAUGACGCUCACAUCGGG